GCAGCGGCAAGAUGGCGGACGGCGACGGCUUUAGUGAAGCCGCAGCGGCUGCGGCCUUUUUUCCCGCAUCUAUCCACGGCCUGGGCCCGCCGCUGGGCUGGAAAGAGCGGCUGCGGGCCGGGCUGGCGGGAUCUGGGGGCUUUUUGUGGUUCGUGGCGGGGCUGGGGCUGCUUUACGCUCUGAGGGUCCCGUUGAGGCUGUGUGACCACUUGACAGCGGUGACAGGAUUUUUAAAUUCAUUGACCCCCAAAUUCUAUGUGGCACUUACAGGAACGUCUUCUUUGAUAUCAGGACUAAUAUUUAUAUUUGAGUGGUGGUACUUCCAUAAACAUGGCACAUCUUUUAUCGAGCAAGUAUCGAUAAGCCAUUUGCGACCACUGAUGGGAGGAACAGAAAGCAGCAUUUCAGAGCCAGGUGCCCCUUCCAGCAAUAGAGAAGGUGAAACCAACAGACAGAAUUUCUCAGAAUGCAAGGUAUGGAGAAAUCCUCUAAACCUUUUCAGAGGAGCAGAAUAUAGGAGAUACACAUGGGUGACUGGUAAAGAGCCACUUACCUACUAUGACAUGAACUUGUCAGCACAAGAUCAUCAGACAUUUUUCACCUGUGAUACCGAUUUUUUACGUCCUUCAGACACAGUUAUGCAGAAGGCAUGGAGGGAAAGAAAUCCUCCAGCUCGCAUCAAAGCAGCCUAUCAAGCUUUAGAAUUAAACAAUGAUUGUGCCACUGCAUAUGUUCUACUGGCUGAGGAAGAAGCAACAACUAUUGUAGAUGCUGAAAGGUUAUUUAAACAGGCUCUCAAAGCAGGAGAAACAAUUUAUAGGCGAUCCCAACAAUGCCAGCACCAAAGUCCUCAACAUGAAGCUCAACUGAGGAGGGAUACCAAUGUACUGGUAUAUAUUAAAAGAAGAUUGGCAAUGUGUGCGAGAAAAUUGGGAAGAAUAAAAGAAGCAGUGAAAAUAAUGAGAGAUUUGAUGAAAGAAUUUCCUCCUUUUACCAUGUUGAACAUCCACGAAAAUCUCUUAGAAUCACUUUUAGAGUUACAGGCCUACGCAGAUGUUCAGGCAGUACUAGCAAAAUAUGAUGAUAUAAGCCUUCCAAAGUCAGCAGCAAUCUGUUAUACAGCAGCACUAUUGAAAACAAGGACUGUUUCAGAUAAAUUCUCUCCAGAAACAGCCUGCAGAAGAGGAUUAAGCACAGCAGAAAUCAAUGCUGUGGAAGCAAUUCAUAGAGCUGUGGAAUUUAAUCCUCAUGUUCCAAAAUAUUUACUAGAGAUGAAAAGUUUAAUUUUACCUCCAGAACACAUUCUGAAGCGAGGUGAUAGUGAAGCAAUUGCCUAUGCAUUCUUUCAUCUUCAGCACUGGAAACGGAUAGAAGGUGCUCUUAAUCUAUUGCAGUGUACAUGGGAAGGCACUUUUAGAAUGAUUCCAUACCCAUUAGAGAAAGGACAUCUAUUUUACCCUUAUCCAAGCUGCACAGAGACUGCUGAUAGAGAGCUAUUACCUACCUUUCAUCAUGUUUCUGUUUAUCCAAAGAAGGAGCUUCCUUUUUUCAUCCAUUUUACAGCAGGACUGUGUUCUUCUACAGCAAUGAUAGCCUUUCUCACACACCAGUUUCCAGAAAUCAUGGGUGUUUUUGCUAAAGCUGUAAGUAUGAUCUCAAGGACUUGUGUAGAGUAUUUGUAAAACACACAAGAAACCAUAUAUCGUCUGUUUAUGCUAACCCAAAUGAGCAGUAAAAGAUAUAUGUUAUAGUAAAUUACAAGAAUUGAUUUGUAAAGUUACCACCAUAAAUAUGUGAAACAUGAAGUUUUGGUGAUUUGAGCUAUGCUUUUGUUGUUUAAAAGUUUAAAGAAUACAAUGCUAUAACAUUAUAAAGUUGGUCUCUGUAGAUCACUUUUGGUGAUUAACAUAGCAUUCAUUAUAAACAUUAAGAACAAUCCAGGCUCAUUUUUUUAAGUUAGUCAAUUUUUUGGCAUUUAAACAAAUGCCUCUUUUGUAAACAAGUCUUCCAAUUUUUCCAUUUAAAUGAAAUAAUUAAUUGUAAAGAUUUGCUGAACUUUAAAUUCAAGAGUACACCUAGGAUGGAGAAUAAGUAGGUGAGAUGGGACAAAAGAGACAUUUGCCCUGGGUACAGAAUGUGUUUCUAUACCUAGAGAUUCUCCUAGUUAUUAUGUCUGCAUGUUCUUAUUGGCCUUUCCCAGUUUGGAGCAGAGAACCAUGUAUAGGUCUUUAUAUUCAUUUUUAUCCUUGAAAAUUGAACUACUUUCCCAUUUCCUGACCCAGGAAACACUUGAGGGCUGGUACUAAAGAGGGUAUCCCUGACUAUUCAUCCUCUCUAUAUAUUUAUUAAUUAAUAUCACUGAUUGAAGAUAAAAUUACCAAAGAUGAUUUCCUUUAAGUCUCCAAGUCUUUUUUAAAAAUGCAUCUUUCUUGUACAUCUUUAUCAGGUAAUAAGAGUUUAAAACCCAAAAGAAAAUGCUGCUUCAUAUAUUCACAAAUAAAAGAAAUUAUGCAAUGAGAA